AUGGUUCAGAUGGGCCCUACUGUUGGUGGUAAUGGUGGCGAGAUAUUCAACCUCUGGCGUGACAAUAGGCCUGUGGAACAACUGGACGUAUGGUACGGCAGAGGCAGUGAUAAUUUUGAGAAAGAUAUUGUCCUGAAGGGAAUCAAAAUCAGAUGGGCCAAGGAUGAACUGGGCCACGUCGAACUAGGCCAGGCUGGAUCUUGCCCGCCAAAAGAAGAGCAGAGCAUACUGCACACCAAUUUUGACUUCUUUUCCGGCAAUCAACCCAUUUACUGGAUGUAUAUAUACGGAUCAACCGGCCGUGUGCAUUCACUAAGAAUCGGGACUCAUGACUCGAUGACACAUGAGGAUAGGGACUACUUCGAGGCUGGAGGAAUCGGCGGUGUCCAAUGUAUUCAACCUGCAUAUGGUAGAAAGCUAUAUGGGUUCUAUGGAAGGGCAGGAGAAGAUAUUGAUCAGCUAGGGGCAGUCUUCAAUGAUUAA